GCUGGACCUCACAAACAGGUUGGAACACAGGUAAUUGAAGACUUCAAGGCUGUAUUUCUCAGCUACCACAAGUCACCUAAGACAUUAACACCAGAGCACUCCAAAAUACUGUGUCCAUGAGGGAGGUUGCAGUUUUUUCACAAAGCAGUCUUUAGGCUGACAUUCCAAAAGCCCAGGUAGUGAUGCUCGAAUCCGAGAGCCAAGGAAAGAGCAUGCUAUUCCAGCGACUCUCCAAACCACGAUCAUUAGACCUCGUGAAGUUAGCUUACGCUGCCUCCCAGACACCAGUAACAAAGGUUUCGUUCAUAAAGUUCUGGAAUAGGCGACUGGAUUUCAUCAAACAGGACACAACAAAAUAGAUCCCGCGGGGCCAAAAUGUCUAACUUUCCGAUUGGCUCUUUCGGCCUCCACUCAGGGGCUAGUAACUGAGUGUCUUUUCUGGCGCAUGCGUGUCACCUGCUUCCGGUCACGGUGCUCGGUGCACUGGUUUUUCUGCCCGGCUGGAAUUCCUACCUCACUUUCUUCAUUCAGCCUUGGUGUGCAAUGGCUCCGGACUCAGGUCUCUUUGAUGAAGGGCCGCUCUUAAAGCUCAUACCCUUAGACACUAGGGACCGGGGCACCCAGCGCUGUCGCCUGGGUCCGGCAGCGUUCCAUGCCUUGGGAGCGCACUUGGGCUCGGCGGUGAAGAUCUCGCUGCCUGAUGGCGGCUCCUGUCUCUGCACCGCCUGGCCGCGGCGGGACGGAGCGGACGGCUUUGUGCAACUGGAUCCGCAGUGCGCGAGCCCGGGGGCGGCAGUGAGGGCGCCGGGGUCCGCGGGUAGUCUCAGCCUGAGCCGCCUCCGCCUAGUGCCCUGUCCACCCCUUCGGCGCCUCACCGUGUGGCCAGAGUUGCGGGAGCAGGAUGGCGCGCCCGGUUCCCUGAAUCCAACUGCCGUGCUGGAGGCAGCGCAGGAGCUGCUGAGGAACCGACCGGUCUCCCAGGGCCACGUGGUGGCCGCUCCGCCGCGCGCCCCCGGCCCAGUGGCCGCCCUGCACAUCGUCAGCGGGGUGCCGAGCCCGGAUCCGGCCGGGCUGGUCACGCCUCGCACCAGCAUCAUUCUCAGCGGGGAGGCACCGUCGGAAGCGCAGCCGCAGCCGCAGCCCGAGGUGCCCCUGGGGGGCCUUUCGGAGGCAUUCGACUCGCUGCGGGAGCUCCUCUGCCUGCCGCUCCGCUACCCCCGCGCCUUAGCCGCGCUGGGGCUAGCAGUGCCGCGCGGGGUGCUCCUGGCGGGGCCCCCUGGAGUGGGCAAGACCCAGCUGGUGCGGGCAGUGGUCCGGGAGGCGGGCGCGGAGCUUCUGGCAGUGAGCGCCCCCGCCCUGCAGGGGACCCGGCCUGGAGAGACCGAGGAGAACGUGCGGCGGGUCUUUCAGCGCGCCCAGGAGCUGGCCAGCCGUAGGCCCACCCUCCUCUUUCUGGACGAGGUGGAUGUCCUGUGUCCCCGGAGGGGCGGUCCACACCAAGCCCCCGAGAGCCGCGUGGUGGCCCAGGUGUUGACGCUGCUAGACGGCAUCGGUGGGGACCGCGAGGUGGUGGUUGUGGGAUCCACCAACCGGCCGGACGCGCUAGACCCAGCGCUUCGCAGACCUGGAAGAUUUGACCGGGAGGUCGUUAUUGGGACUCCCACAUUUAAGCAAAGAAAGGAGAUUUUACAAGUGAUUACCUCAAAGAUGCCCCUCUCAAGUCAAGUUGAUUUGAGCCUCCUUGCAGAAAUGACAGUUGGCUAUGUUGGCGCAGACCUCACCGCACUCUGUAGGGAGGCUGCCAUGCAUGCUCUGCUUAAUAGUGAGAAGAACCAGGACAAUCCGAUGAUUGCUGAAACAGACUUCCUUGAAGCUUUUAAAAAGAUUCAGCCUUCAUCCUUUCGAAGUGUCAUUGGACUGAUGGACAUCAAGCCAGUUGGCUGGGAGCAGAUUGGUGGCCUCGAAGAUGUAAAACUGAAGUUAAAACAGAGCAUCGAAUGGCCUCUGAAAUUCCCUGGGGAAUUUGUUAGGAUGGGUCUGACACAACCAAAGGGUGUUCUCCUGUACGGGCCUCCUGGAUGUGCCAAAACCACCCUGGUGAGGGCGCUGGCCACAAGCUGUCAUUGCUCUUUUGUUUCAGUGAGUGGAGCUGAUCUCUUUUCACCUUUUGUCGGAGAUUCAGAGAAAGUCUUGUCUCAGGUAUUUCGACAAGCAAGAGCAAAUACUCCAGCAAUUGUGUUUCUGGAUGAAAUUGAUUCAAUCUUGGGGUCUCGAUCAAUCAGCAAAACAGGAUGUAAUGUUCAAGAGAGUGUUCUUUCUGUUCUCCUGAAUGAAUUAGAUGGUGUUGGACUGAAGACUAUAGAGAGAAGAGGAAGUAAAUCAGAUCAACAGGGUAAAUACAAGGAGCUGAAAAAAAAUGAAGAGUUAGAAUUUCAAGAAGUUUUUAAUCGAAAUGUCAUGAUUGUUGCGGCAACAAAUAGACCUGAUGUGUUAGAUGAUGCCUUGUUACGGCCUGGAAGAUUAGAUAAGAUUAUUUAUAUUCCACCUCCAGAUGAAAAGGGCAGGCUUUCUAUUUUGAAAGUCUGUACAAAAAAUAUGCCAUUGGGGCCUGAUGUUUCUUUAGAAUACCUAGCAGCAGAAACCUGUUUUUUCUCUGGAGCUGAUCUUGGAAACCUCUGCAAAGAAGCAGCCUUGCUGGCUCUACAAGAAGAUGGACUAGAAGCAACUACAGUGAAACAAAAGCACUUUCUAAAGUCACUUAAGACUGUAAAACCAUCCUUAAGUCACAAGGAUUUGACUUUACAUAAAAACUUAUUUCAGAAACAAGGAUUUUCUAACGUAGAGGACAUUUAAAAAUUACAUACCUGCUUAAGGAUUAAUUGAAAUAUGAACUUGCAUUAUAGUUUACAAAUUCACUCUUUUAGAGUUUGCAUGCAUGUUUUUUCUUGUAAAUAAAAACGCUUGUGCCUGAUAAACUAAGGUUCAUCUUAUUUCUAAAAGGUAUAUUAAAAUACAGUAGUUUAGGAAGAAAGUAUAUGUAUGUUGAUUUUGUAGUUGGGGUGGUGGUUUUUAUUUGUUUGGUUUUGGUGGAUUGCCUUUUUAAACUUUAUUUUGAAGUAAUUUCAUACUUACAGAAAAGUUGCCAGAAUACUACAAAGAACUCUUAUAAACUCUGAACUUGGAUUCACCAGUUUUUAACAUUUUGCUGUAUGCUGAACUACAGGCAUACCUCAUUUUAUUGUGCUUUGCUUUAUUGCUCUUCACAGAUAUUGUGCUUUUCACAAAUUGAAGAUAAGAUCCUCCAUCAGCAAAAAGAUUACAACUCGCUUUAUUGUGAUACUUGUUUUAUUUGGUGGUUUGGAACCAAACUUGUAAUAUCUCUGAGGUAUGCCAGUAUUUAAGAAUAGAUAUUAUACUUAAUGCCCCUUUGUCCCCUUAAUACUUCAUGUAUAUUUCUUACAAAUAAGGUUAUUGUAUGACCACAGUGCAGUUAUCAAAUUCAGGAAAUUGAACAUUAAUACAGUAUUUUAGUCUAUUGUCCCAUGAUUUUCAUCCAUUGUGCCAAUAGUAAUAUUUUUUUCCCAUUAUAGGAUCCAGUCUAGGAUCAUAUAGUCCAAUAGUUGUCCCAUCUCUUUAGCCGAAACAGUUCCUCAGUCUUUCUUGUGACAUUUUUGAAGAGUACAAACUAAUUAUUUUGUAGAAUAAUUGGUUCCUGUUUGUGUUUGUCUGAUAGCUUAUCAUGAUAGAUUCAGAUUAUGCAUUACAAGUGGAGCACUACAUAGUGCUAUCAUGUUCUCAGAGAUCACAGCUAGAGGCAUGUGAUGUCUAUAUUAUUGGUAAUGUCAAUUUUGAUCUCUUGUUUAUGGUAUUGUACAGUUUCUCCACUGUAUAGUUAUAAUUUUUCCUUUUGUAAUUAGAAGUGUGUUUUUUAAGGAGCUAGAUUAUUUUCCAUUAUUACAAAAGUAAUUAGAAUGAUAGAAAACACAGAUAAACCCAAAGAAAACACUUGUGCAUUUAACCUUCCAGUUUAUGCAUGUAUAGAUAAGAUGUGAUACUAUGCAACUUUUGCUUUUCAAACCUAACAAUAUCUGGUAAGCAUUUUCCUUAGCCGUUUUUUACCCACAAGAUGCCAUAGUAGGUGCUGGAGUGUAAGUGAAUGAGACAGAGAUGGCACUAAUAGGCCAUUUGGGAACACGGACAUCAGACAAAUCAUGCAGUGAAAUACGUUCCACCAGGAGACAUGCUUCAAAAAUAUAGGGUGCAAUCAGAGCAUAGUACAUGAAGUAGAUGAAGUCAUAAAUGUUAAGCAGUCAAUAGGAAGUUUUCUAUUUCUGAUUGGAGCCAGGACUCAUUGUGUAAGUAAAACCUCACUAUUUGGGGAAUAAUUAAAGAAAAGAUCUGUCUUAUAGGUAUAACAUAUAAUUCAAUUAAAAUUAUUCUAACACAUUGACUCCUUGCUUUUGAGCAGAAGGGGAAAUACCUAGAAAACUUAGUAGAAUUCUGACAGCUUUCAUUCAUGUUCUCUAUCAGUUUUUGAUUUUAUAGGGCAAGGCGGCCAUUAAACCUUUGCCAUCCCUAAGCCUGAGGUACACUGGUCUGAAUCCCUUAAUUCAGAUUCUAGCUGUAGGUACUUAUUUUUUCCUAGAAGUUUCUAGUGGUCGGGCUGGAAAUUCAGUACCCAUACUUUGGUUAGAGGUUGCAUUCUGAUUUGAAAAUGGCUUUUUAAUUGUAAUUAUAAUUUCUCAACAGAACUUUGGAAGCCCCCUGAGAACAAAAACUGUGUUUCCUCUCAUUGAAAUAAUAAAUGAUGAAGUCAUCAAGGA